AUGACUAGGCCGGACGAAUGCAGGCUCGCUCACACUGCCACCACCUCAACAUCAGGAAGUAUCUUCGUUCGUCUCUGCCAGGAUCUGUCGGAUCCUCCAAAGCACCCUGAUCUUAUGGCGAAGCAUAUUAGCUGCCUUGAUGUUGGCUUUGGAGAAGUGUCGUUCGCCAGUGGUAUCGCCAAGGACACGGGAGACAUUUGUAGGCUGGCGAUAUGGUCUAAGUGCACGCUGGACCAGCUGAACGAGCAGUAUUUUGGCGCUGAGGAUGUUUGCAUCCCAUUCUUGCAGAUUGUGUCCACCACAUGCACGUUCUAUCAAAUGAAGCGUGUCGGUACAUUGUGUGUUGCGGUGCAAGUUGGCGAGAUGGAGAUUGUCCAAGACCUUCCCGGACUGAUCUCUUUCGAGCCACACGUGUUCACCUGGCUGGCGUUGGACUUGGCUUUCACAACAUUGCUGCAGAACAUUGGCACAGCGACCAACAGCAAGAGAAUAUCUUUCCCUGGUCUCUAUUACCACGGUCUGUGCACCCCAUCGGCCAGAAAGAUGCCGAGGCACUGA